AUGCCGCCCAAGAGGAAAGCUGGCGGCGCUGUGCAAGGCGGAGCGAAAGUCGGCCGGUCUUCGCGGAUGUCAACGCCUGGUGCUGCAACGCCACGAACGAUCGAUAGCAAUGAUGAGGUGCCGGACGAGGAUGAGGCACCUAUUGACGAGGCUCUGGAACGUGACUUGAAUAAAAACAUAGAUAUAUUUUCCCUGGAUCGCUACCAGAAGAGACACGCGAUUCGGGAUCCUCUCCCACAUAUCUUUGGCGACCGUGAUUUCUCCUACCUGGUAUUAAAGAAGGACCACCAGAAUCGACCUCUUUGGAUUGAUCCUCAGAAAGGUCGCAUCAUCUUGGAGAGUUUUAACCCUCUGGCGGAGCAAGCCCAAGAUUUCUUGAUCACAAUCUCCGAGCCCCUGUCACGACCGACCUUCAUGCACGAGUACGCUCUCACAACACACAGUCUGUACGCUGCCGUCUCCGUUGGACUUUCGCCAGAGGAUAUCAUCAACACUUUAGACCGAUUCCUUAAGACGCCUUUGCCAGAUGAAAUUCGAAACUUCAUUACCAGCUGUACUCAGAGUUACGGCAAGGUGAAGUUGGUCCUCAAGAAUACCAAGUACUACGUCGAAAGUCCCGACCCAAACAUGCUCCAAACCCUUCUCAAGAACCCCAGGAUCGGACCCUUACGUGUUCAAGGCACAGAAGAGAUCACGACAUCAGUGGCGCCUAAGAUCGGUGGUCUUGUCAUUCCUGGUACCCAGAAUGCGGCAGGAGUGAAGCAGGCGAAUGCUCUUGGCCAAUCAGGCGAACAAGGCAAAGACGGACAGCCUGUCCAGGAGGGCGAGGUUUUUGCGACGCUUAAUGAGGAAGAUGAUGAGGAUCAGGAAGUGACGCAUUCCUUCGAGAUUGCAGAUAAAGACGUCGAAACCGUACAAAAGGAAUGCUUGAACCUGGGAUACCCUGUCCUUGAAGAGUAUGAUUUCCGAAGAGAUGAGGCAAAUGCCAAUCUGGAUAUCGAUCUUAAACCAGGUACUCAAAUUCGACCUUACCAGGAGAAGAGUCUCAGUAAGAUGUUUGGUAACGGACGCGCGAAGAGUGGACUGAUUGUCCUCCCUUGUGGUGCUGGAAAGACGCUGGUAGGCAUCACAGCAGCCUGCACCAUCAAGAAGGGCGUGAUUGUUUUGUGCACAAGUUCCAUGUCAGUUGUACAAUGGCGAAACGAGUUCUUGAAGUGGUCCAACAUUAACCCCGACGACAUUGUCGCUUUCACCUCCGACUCCAAGAACAAUGUCUUUACUGGAAGCACAGGUAUCAUUGUCACGACAUAUGCAAUGGUCACACAAUCCCGAGCUCGAUCCUAUGAUGCGGAGAAGAUGAUGAAGUUCUUGACUGGUCGAGAAUGGGGUCUUAUGCUCCUGGACGAGGUGCACGUCGUGCCCGCCAACAUUUUCAGAAAGGUGACUUCCUCGAUCAAGACUCACUCUAAGCUCGGUCUUACGGCAACUCUUCUACGAGAAGAUGACAAGAUUUCGGAUCUUAACUUCCUGAUCGGGCCAAAGCUCUUCGAAGCCAACUGGAUGGAGCUUUCAAAGCAAGGACACAUCGCCAGAGUUCAGUGUGCCGAAGUCUGGUGCCCAAUGCCUACCGAGUUUUACGACCAGUACCUCAAGGCACCGAGCCGAAAGAAGGGCCUACUCUAUAUCAUGAAUCCUCGAAAGUUCCAGGCUUGCCAAUAUCUCAUCAACUAUCACGAGUCGCGUGGAGAUAAAAUCAUCGUUUUCUCAGACAAUGUGUAUGCUCUGAAGGCGUAUGCUCUGAAGCUCCAGAAGGCAUACAUUUUCGGUGGUACCGGCCAAGCAGAACGUUUACAAGUGCUGGAGAACUUCCAGCACAACCCUAACGUCAACACUCUCUUCUUGUCCAAGAUUGGAGAUACAUCUCUUGAUUUACCCGAAGCGACGUGCCUCAUUCAAAUCUCUUCGCACUACGGUUCCCGUCGUCAAGAGGCGCAGCGUUUAGGUCGUAUUCUUAGAGCCAAGCGACGUAAUGACGAAGGUUUCAACGCCUUUUUCUACUCGCUAGUUUCAAAGGAUACACAAGAAAUGUACUUCUCCUCUAAGCGUCAAGCUUUCCUUGUUGAUCAAGGAUAUGCCUUCAAGGUUAUUACGCAGCUCGCCAACAUCGAGAAGACUCCCGGUCUGGCAUUUGCCGAUGUCUCGGAGCGUCGGGAGCUAUUGCAGAAGGUGCUUGUGGAGAAUGAGAGUAUGGAGGAGGAUGACCCCAACGAUGACAUGUUUCAUCAAGGCACCAUGGGGCGCAAAAAGAAGAAGGGAGCACGACGAACGGCGGGUACCCUUGGUGAGCUCAGUGGUGGCCAGGACAUGGCAUACAUCGAGCAAAACAAAAAGAUGUCGACGAAGCGGAAGAAGGCGGACAGCAAUGCCUUCUUCAAGAAGAUUGGACGUGAGAAUGCGAGACGCGCCGCAGCGCAGUAA